AUGAAUAAAAAUACAAAGACACUAUUUCUUCUUGUUCUACAUUUGGCCAAAGUUAGCGGUGCAAGUUGUCCUGCUGGUUGGACGCCAAAAGAAGACAGAGGACUAUGUUUCAAAUACUAUACUUCAAUAACAGACCAUAAAUCCGCCACUGACGAUUGUUUCCAUGAAGAAGCCAUACUAGCCACUCCUAAAAAUUCUUCUGAAGUUGAGUUUCUCGCCAACAAUGUGAUAGGGUCACUCAAUGAAUAUGUAUGGGUAGGGCUUGUCAAAAGAUCCUCAAUAGAACCAUGGACCUUUGCAGAUGGUUUUCCAUUUAAACCGACGAUGCCAUCAUGGGAUUUAUGGGAUAAUGGUUUUCCAGCAUCUCCUACGGCCGACAUUUGUGCAUACAUGACGGCUGCAGCUGGCAGCUACAAAUUCAAGACUGCAAACUGUAAUAGUCAAUAUCAAUAUAUUUGUCAGAAAACCAUGGUACAGCAUUCUUGUCCAAUGGGCUGGGCUCACGCUCCUGGGGGAUCUGUUUGCUAUAAAGCCUUUGGUGAUUCCUACACUUACAAUCAGAGCGUGGACAUCUGUAACAGCAAUGGUUCUUACAUUCUGAUGCCCAAGGACCCACACGAGGAUAUGUUCUUCAGCUGGUAUCUCAAUAAGUAUGAAAUGUAUAAGAAGAUUUGGAUAGGAUACAAAUUAGAGAACUCGAAUUUCGUCUGGGAAUCUGGAUACCAAGCUAACUACACAGGAUGGGAGAAUGAUGAACCACACAGCUGGGAAGAUUGUGCAGUUUAUGCUGCCAACGGAGUAGGUUUUGAUCGAUGGUAUGGACUAGACUGCAGUCUACCUGCUGUUACGUAUUGCCAAGACACCGAUCUCUUCAAUACGCUUGAUUCAACUACAGAACAAGUAACUACUGUCAUUACAUCACAAAUGACAACAGAAGCCACAUCAGACACAUCUCAAUCAACACAAGUCACCACUCAAACCACACCGGGCGCCACCCAAACAACUCCAGGUACCACACAAACAGCUCCAGGUACCACACAAAUACAAGUCACCACCCAAACAACUCCAGGUACCACACAAACAACUCCAGGUACCACACAAAUACAAGUCACCACUCAAACAACUCCAGGUACCAUACAAAUACAAGUCACCACUCAAACAACACCAGGCGCCAACCAAGCAACACCAGGAACCACACAAAUAACAUCAGACAUAUCUGAUUCGACAGCAGUUACUACUCAAACAACUUCCAACAACAUUGUUACAACUCAUGUUCUAACACAAACAGCUGCCUUGUCGUCUGAUGCUUUGACCCACAGUGGAGAUGGCACAACAUUUACUGAAGCUCAAACAACAAAACAGACUGCCGCGACAACAAUGCUUUACAGCAGCACAACCAUUUCUGAUGUAUCUUGUGGUUGUCUAUGUUAUGGAAAUAGAACAAAUAUUACUACAGAGGAAUUACAGGAGUUAUUAUUACAAAUAAAAAGUAAUCUGACUGUCGACACCAAAACAUUGUCGUCUGCAAUUCGACAGCUCACGAGCGCUUACGACUCGAGGGUCUCUUCAAAGAGCAUUGGAAGCGUUGGUGUGGCCGUUCUUGUGUCAGUGAUGGUAUUCUUGUUAUUUCUAGAUCUUGUUCCUGUUAACUUUGGCUGUGCUUUGAUGAAAACAGGAAAAUAACAUGUUGAAAUAAUUUUUGUGCAGUAUUUUAUACCAGCAGUUUCCUAUGGAUU